CUGCCGCUGCUGCCCCCGCCAAGGCUACAAGCGUCAUGGCCGUCUCUUUUCCAAGGCUGUCUUCACUGGCUACAAACGUGGUUUGAGAAAUCAUCACGAAAACCAAGCUAUCUUGAAGAUCGAAGGUGCCCGCAGAAAGGAACAUGAUCAAUUCUACAUUGGCAAGCGUUGUGUUUAUGUUUACAAAGCUGAGACCAAGAAGUGCGUUCCCCAACACCCAGAACGUAAGACCUACGUACGUGCCGUUUGGGGCAAAAUUACCCGCUUGCACGGUAAUGGUGGUUGCGUUCGUGCUCGUUUCAACAAAAACUUGCCUGGUCAUGCUAUGGGUCACCGCAUUCGCAUUAUGUUGUACCCCUCAAGGAUUUAAGUUGUUUACACUUAAUUUUUGACGCUUAAGUUUUAAAUCCAAAACAAGACCUAUAAAAUUUUAUAUUAAAAAAAGAAUAAACAACAAACUUAAAACCUGAAAAAAA